CCUUCAAGAGCCCUUCCCACAAACACGGCAAAUUAGUUUGGUUUUCACAGUUCUCAAGACAGUAAGCAACAGUGAGGAAUCUUCAAGUUAGCAAGUUUUUCUCUACCUCCACGAUGAAGGACUUCCUUCUCGUCAGUCUCGUCUUGACCGCGUACAUCUUAUCGGAUUCAGUGGGACAGUCAGAUAAUGAAGAUGGCGCGGGGAUACAGAUGAGCUAUACAAUAGCCAACGGCGACAGCAACUCCGCGGACCCCGAACCGGCCGUCAACACAUCCUCAAGGGCCCACACGAAUGUAGGGGUGUGGAGGGCGAGAUACAGAGGGUCACAGCAUGGCCGCGAUGAGACAGGCCGGGGAGGCGCAAUACGACGGCACCGUCUGCGGAUGCACCGGAGACGACGACCACGACUGAACCUAACGGCGUCAGCACAUCCAGAUAAUCACCGCAGCCGCCCACAACGUCUCGGAAACGUCCAAAGACGCGCUCAGCAGCUUCGUAGACAGGGUGGAACGCGACGUCUUGUUGCGACAGGGUCUCACUCUCUUGCGACUGGAACUAGAACAAACACCGGGGGCGUAGACCCUUUCACAGCACUCCAGAAUGGACACAGACAAACCGGGCCCUUCCAGGAUAGACAGACAGCCUACGACUUCCUCAGCAAUGGCGGAAACAGUUUCAGAGUCCGUAACGAGCACCAACGAGAACGCCGCGACGAGAACGCGCGAAUGGCUUCCGUCAUGUGCGGUGUGUUCGGGAAACAGUUCGUCCCAAGCGCGAUUGGUGGCAGGUGCGUGGAUCCGGCCUAGAUACCACGUAUCAUGAAUGCACACUUAUGUAUAUAUAAUUAGCUUCUUGUUAAUUGUGUACAGGUGGUGAGAGAGCUCAAAUACACGAGUUUGGAGGACGUGAUGGCAGGAACGAAAUAUCUUCAUGCAUAAUGAAGCAUAAUGUGUAUAUUUUGCUUAAUACAGGCAAUUUUAUAUAACUUAAACGUGUUUAUGGACAAUAACUUCGUCUGUUGAAUGUAAUACUUAUUACUGAAGAACACAUGUUUGCAUCAUAAACUUUAUUGGAUAUGUUGCUCAAUUUAUGGUGCACGAUACCUGAUUUUCAUUGUUUAUGACUUUAUGUCACAGAUGUUAAUUUUGUGCCCAAGCAGUUGUAAUAGGAUCCUCUCCACAUUGAACUUUUAUAUGAAACGAAUGACGCUCGAACACAGAUGGCAAACCUUUACAUCUAACCAGGUCUUGUCAAUAGGCAAAGUUGACUGAUUUUUAUCCAUUAUGCAUUAAGUCUUUAAACUACAUGGAGUAAAUCUAUGUACAUACAAAUUUGAGGACCACCCAAUCAGGAUAUUGCGUGACAAAACCAGUAGUAUGAACUUUUUUUAGUAGUAUACUAACAUGUAAAGGUCGUGAUGGAAACUGAACUCCGUCUAGUGACGUUAGGAUGCAGUUUUUCUAUGGUGGUAGUACUUGCAGCGAAAAGUUUUAACGUGUAAAUAAUAACGUCAUGUAUACACUAAUGCAUUACUGAAUUAGGUAAAUUUACUUCUUCUUUUUUUUGUAUCGUCAUUCUGUUCACACGUACAUAGUUACAACUUAUUCAUACUAAAUAUACCUCAUCUAUUAAAACGUUUACACUGAC